AUGGAAAAUAACUCAGAAAUUAAGAAAAAUUAUACUGAAGAAGAAAGAUUGGCACUUGCAUCGAAGCUUGAUGCUGAUCUUGAUUCAUUUAUCUCUUCUUUGGAAAAGAAAAGAUACACAGAAGGAUGGGCGGAAGACAAAUGGGAAGAGGAGAUGGAAAAGCAUCCAUUUUUCAUGAAGAAAGCACCUGAGCCUGGCGAUGAUGUUCAUCCAAUGCUUGAAGGUCUUCAACAGUUAAAAUUUGAUCCUGAAGAUAACACACCAGAUGAACUUGCUGAGAAGUAUAAGGAAGACGGCAAUUAUUGGAUGAAACAUAAAAAAUAUCGAAUCGCUGUCAUGAACUACACAGAAGGAAUUCAACAGAAUGGCGAAAAUCAGGAAUUGUUAGCAAAUCUUCUCAAUAAUCGAUCGGCAGCACAAUAUUUUUUAAAGAAUUUUAGAUCAUCAAUAACCGAUGCUCGAUUAGCUAUUCAAAAGAAAUUAGAUUAUUCGAAAGCAAAAGUGAGAAUCGUCAGAUGUUUGUUAGAGUUAAAGAAAUUUAAAGAAGCAUGCGACGAGGUUCAAGAAUUUCUAGCGGAUGAUCCAACAAAUAAAGAACUGAUUGAUCUUCAGAAGAGUGCAAUAGAGAAGAAAACUGAAAGAAUGAGAGAUGAAAGAAAGAAUCAAAUGUUAGAGAAAAAGAAGCGACAAGAUUUUCAAGCUUUAGUGCAAGUUCUCGUUAAUAGAAGAGUGAAAUUUGAAGAAAUUCGUAAAGGAAAUAUUCUUUCAGAUUUAACAGCGGAGAUUAUCAAACCGAAAGUAGAACCAUUGGAAUAUUUUCCUAUUACACUAGACAAACAAGGAAUUGUUCACUACCCAGCAAUUUUUGCUUAUCCUGAAUAUCAAUUGACAGAUCUUCAACAGCAAAUCAGUGAAAAAAUUACAAUUCAAGAAUGUUUAGAAGAUAUGUUUGCAGCAACUGACGAUGAUUCGCCACAGAAAUACUCAAAUCCAGAUGAACUCAACGUUUACUACGAAAAUCGUUUAGCAGCGAAAUUAAUCAAAGUCAACAAACAAAACACAAUUCAAAGCAUUGUAAGUGAGAAAGAUUUCUGGAUUUACAAUGGCUAUUUAACAUUCUACGUUAUUCCUAAUGAAAGCAAAGCUGAAAAGGAAUUUUUAAAUCAACCACGAAAACCUUUACUGUGA